CACGCAUCACGUUAAAGAGCGGUGCUGCUCCCGGAGCUGGCAACGCUGACGCUUUUAUCCUGAUCAAGUAACGGCCGGAUAGGCGUCCGACAGCACCUCACAACCCCCGGCAUUUUAGCACAACUGAGUGGCAAUCUCUUAUCUAAUGAUAAAGGGACUGGACGCCGGUUGACUGUUUAUUUAGAAGUGCUGUCGAGCAGAAACGAAUCUCCUUCCUGGAAAGAUCUCGUGCCGGAUUACACAGCACCGCAAUGCGAAUGUCGAGCGAAGAGACGCUUAAAGCAGCACAGCUGUAUUUAACAUGGGCGAAAAAAAGAGGAAUUAGCCGCCACACCGACAGCUGAAUCGUGAGAGAUGUUCUGUCUCCCCGCUCUGAGGUAAAAACGGCGCUGUGAGACUGCAUGAAACGGCUGUUUUUCGAGAUCGUCAACUAAUCUAACGUUACAGCAGUGCAUCUUCAUAUGAGACAGCGCGAGAUAAUCUGGCCGGUGCGCGGCGGACCACGAAUAAUAAAUACACUGAGGGGUGGCACUCGUUUUCAGAGACCGGUCGGUGUCUGACCGUGUCCCACAUGACCUACUUUCAAAAGCUUUAAUGCGGGAGAUGCAGCCGCAGUGAGAAGCAAAAGAGACUUUCCGCACUGAAAAACAGCUCCCUGUUUACUCGCAUGUGUGACCGAGGUCGUGUGGACCUCAGAUGACAUGAACGUCACGGCCCUGGAAGACUUGAACAGUGAUAAAGAAGCAUCCUCUUCGAUUGCUUUAUUUAUUUAUUAUUUAUUUAUUUUUUAAAUCGUAAUUGUUUUUAGUAGAAUCUACCAUGUCGAUAACUCUAAAGACUUGAGGAAACGGGGGAAAAGGGACACUGGAUCCAUUGACCUUUGCACUUGCAACAGCAGGAUUAUUUAUUUGAGCUAAAACCACAGUCAUUUCAGUACACGCUGAUGGGAUUUGUAUUAAGCCAUGGGAUUUGCCUUUGCCAUCUGAAAUCUGCGCUUGAACUCCAUAAAAGCUUCUAAAGGAUUAUUAAAAUGACAUUUGUAUCUCUGUGAUGUCAUCGAGUUUGAAAGUCAAGCCUUCUCUAAGUAAUACUAGUUAUGUAACGACUACCUACAACAUCGUAGGGCUACAUACAUGUUAUCAGUCAGUGAAUCUAAUUCAACAAUGAUUCUAAGAUCAGGAGAUAUUUUUUACGCUACUCUGUGAAUUGAUCUUUCGGUCCAGUCAUGUGGUCACUUCCAUUACUACGUCACACUGAAGUUCCACCAAAAGUGACUGAGAACUUCAUUCUGUCUGGUUAUCGUUUCCCCAACUACAGUCUACGGGAGUGCCUAGCCUCUGCUUUUCGUCCCACCAAUGAGACCGGAAACUUCUGGACACACUUCCUCCCCAUCUUUGUGUUCACCUAUCACUUUCUGGAGGUUUUCACAUGGGAAGGAGCACCUGAACCUAGCAAUCCUUUUUUCUACCCUUUCUGGAACUACUUCCUGGGAGUGUUGUACCUGCUGCUAGGCAGCAGUCUGGCUCAUCUCCUCAACUCCAUGUCACUCAUCAUUCGUGAAAUCUGUUUCUUUGUGGACUAUGGGACUAUUAGUGCGUAUACAGUGGGUUCUUCACUAGCGUAUUACUACUACAUCCAUCCUCAAGCAGGAAUACCAGAGAUUGGAUUUGAGGGACAGAACUCUACUCAAAGAAAGAGCCUGAACGCUGAUGAAGAGUCUUGGCUCUCUGCAUCUUUUCACACUCAGGUCCAACAGUUCUUUGAAAGCCUCUACAUCCCCUCCUCCUGUCUGAUCGCUAUCAUAUGCGUCAUCACCUGCUGUAACACCAGACAGUGCUGGCGGAAGUACCGCUAUGCUGUCCGCACCCUUGUCUUCCUCCUUCCGUUUUUCAUCUCCUCUACUCCUGUCUUCUACCGUCUCUCCGUGAGCUCGCCGUCAUCCUCCUCCCCUCAUCUGUUCUCCACCAUGGCUGCCUUCUUCUACCGUCAUUGCUUUUGGCUGGUGGUAUCUGCCAUCUUCAAUAUCAGUAAGAUCCCAGAACGUUUUUCUCCUGGGAUCUUUGAUAUCUGGGGUCACAGCCAUCAGUGGUUCCAUUGCUGCACGUUCCUGUCGAUACUGGACGAGCUGCAAAUGAUCAAAGUGGAGAUGUGGGACCUGCUUCUCAACCCAACUUUGGUACUUUCAUCUGCAACGCCACCUAGGCUUCCUGGACCAACACUCUGGUCCACCUAUGGGGUCAUGGUGCUCCUGCAGGGGUGCAUAGCAUGUGUCAUAGCCUGGUUUGGUUGGCAGGCAUAUCAGAUCUACCAACCAGAGCAAAAAAAGAUAAAGGGACAUUAGGAUGCACUGCAUGCUGCUCAGGAUUAAAGUUCUUGUUUUGGAUUUUAUGUUUUGAAUAAUGUUUUAAUUAUUACUGCAGUGUCACUUAUAAAAUGGAUCAGUCACCCAAAAAUGAUAAUUGUCAUUAUUACUGAACCUCAAGUUGUUUCAAAAUUCAUCUGGCUUUCUUUCUUUUGCAAAAACACAAGAUAUUUGAAUAUUUUUGAAUAGGACCCAGAACUUUCAAGCUCUAAGAAGGACAUAAAGGCCAACAUGAAAUUAAACCAUAUGAAUACACUGGUAUAUUCAAAGUCUUCUUCACUUUGUACGAUGAAGGGAUCCAAUCUUAAGCCUUUUGCUUUCCACAUAAGAAAGAAAGGUUUGUAAUGAAAUUAAGGUGUGUAAAUGAUGACAUCAUUUUCAUUUUGGGUGAACUGUCCCAUUAAAGCUGCAGUAGGUAACUUUUGUAAAAAUAUAUUUUUCUCAUAUUUGUUAAACCUGUCAUUUUGUCCUGACAGUAGAAUAUGAGACAGAUAAUCUGUGAAAAAAUCAAGCUCCUCUGGCUCCUCCCAGUGGUCCUAUUGCCAUUUGCAGUUACUGACCGCUCCCGGUAAGAAAUCAACCAAUCAGAGCUGCGGUCUGUAACUUUGUGUUCAAAAUGUAGAAAAAUUUAUAUAAUAAGCGAGUACACCAUGAAUCCAUUUUCCAAACCGUGUUUUUAGCUUGUCCUGAAUCACUAGGGUGCCCCUAUAAUAAGUGUUUAUAUUCGGACUAUUUUAGAUUGCUUCGGGGGUACCGCGGCGGAGUAACCCAGUACCUUUGUGAUUCUUCAUAGACAUAAACAGAGAGAAGUAGUUCCGGCUACGAUGUUCUUCCGCAAGACGCAAGCAGUUCUGUUUAUUAACCGCUAGAGCGUCUAAAGUUACCUACCGCAGCUUUAAGUUUGAUAUUGCCACAGGAAAAAAAAAGUGCACAAUAGGCAUUAAUUGACAAAAACUGUGAAUGUUUCAGCAGGUUUUAUUGUAAGGACGUUGGAGUUAGACUGUUUUUUGCUGUCAAGUGUCAAAGUCCUCGCUACUCUGUAAUCAGCAAGCUAACUCUGCCACGUUUGCUCCCCAGGGACUGUAUUGUUGAGUGAACUUUCCAGAAAGUUCACAUAAGUUUCACUCAAGAGGGGUGCAUGAUUGAGCUUUUACUGGGACACCUUAUAUUGAAACACUUUCCAUCACUGAAAUUCUUUUUCUCAGUCUAUCUAUCACUGUAUCGCUUUUCCUCUCAUCUGCCCACUUACAUUUCCUCCCUCUUUUUAACAAACCCUUCAAACAGGAAAAGCAGACAAACACAAAUAAGCCAAAAAUGUUUGAAGCAAAGGGAAAUGAGAGGGGUGGAGUUUGCAUGCUGCUUUACAUCACUGUAGUGCUAAACUACACCCCUUCACAGUUUCUAAUAAACAUUAUAUUUCACUCUAUACUGUCAUUACUGUCGAUUAUAGACCUUAACGUGUGUGGCAGCAUUAGGUGGUAACCAUAGAUUUCAGUUAAAAUUCUAUAUUUUAAGCUACUGUAACUAUGCAUUGUUAUUGAUUGUAAACGCUUCUCUAUGACUUGACAUUUGAAGGCCUUUGCGAAGACGAAGCCAUAUCAUAAGGGCCUUUUGCACCACGUGAAUCUUUUCAUAGUACCAGAACUAAUUGUGGAACUACCCAAUUUUUGGCGUUUUCACACUAAGUAGACGUUGAUAUGCCAGCUUAUUUUGCAAGUAUGGAGAACAGCGUUAGAAGAACUGAUACUGAAGUGCAGGUACUUGUAGCAAAGGUAGAACUUCCAGUUCUAGUUGGAGAUUCUUAAUCCUCCUUUCCAUUCUUUCAAUCGCUUAAUGUAGCUAUACGUCGACAUUCCAUAUCCUUUAUUGUGAAACUCGCGAGACACAACAAAAACACAGCUCCGAUCACAGCGUCCUCCAUCCUCCUGUUAUUAAUGUUGUUCUUCUUUGCUUUCGUUGUAGAUCGCAGCCCAAAAAUUAUGUCGCUGUCAACCAGCUUACGUCACUUCCUAGAACACACUGUUGAUGCGAAUGCAACCCUUUAAUUGGUGCUGGGAAGUAGUUUGCGCAAAAUCGUCCCAGUACUUCAGCUUUGUACAUUUAGCUCUGGAACUAAAGCAGUGCGAAAGGCACUAUUGUUUGAAAAACAUAUCAGCAAGUACUGUUUUUACAUGUAAAGGCCAUUUUUGAAAAAAAAAAAAAAAACAGGUUAACUGUAAUCAUGCAUUACUCAAAAAUGUCUGUGGUAGCCUAUAUCAUAGUUAUAAAUAACUUCUAGAAAGUGUUACUUGUUGGCUGUAUUCAGCUUUGUUGUACUGCAUACAGCCUUGAGUUGUCACUGGUCUUUUUGCUGGGUAGUUAAAUGUUCCUUCAUCCAAUCAGAAUCAGAUAAUUUCAGUAAGUGGUGCUCUUUUAAGAGAGUGUGAAAAGUGCUUUAAUGAAACACCUGUUGACAAUUAGACAGGUUGUUUAGUCUGAGAGAUUGGUGUGGUUUAACAAUAUAUGUGAAUGUAUGUGUAAACAUGUCUUUCUGUUGCUGUGAAUUACAAACUGGUGUCAUUGAUGAAUCAGAUGUUGUGACUGUCAAAAAAAAAUGUUAUGUCUCUGUUGUUCUGUCCUCCAAUUUCAAGAGUCAGGCAGGCCUAAUAGUUGCAAUAGCUGUGAGGACAUAUUAUAUAUAUAUUUUUUUUAAUUUAGUCUUUUAUGUAUUUCAUCAUUCACAGGGAUCCAUUCGUUAUUCAUUAAUAACUUGAGUUUUGAAAGCCUCAUACUUAAUACUAUUGUAUCGUAUAAUGAGAUAAAUAAUUUAUUACACUGUGUUGCACAAGUGUAGUAUUAAAAUCUAGACAGAAUAUAUGAUUUGCACAUAAAUGACUUAAUGUGUCUGCGCUGGACUGUGAUCUUGACUGGGACCCAAUGUACAUUUUUUUCCUGUUUUAAUAUAUUGAGGUGGGUUAUCUACAAAGUCCAAAGGUUUCAGCAAUUUUGACAGAGCAUUGUUGGGCUGUUCGUGACUUUUGUUUGCCAUCAUGCAAGUCUGCCAACUUUGUGCUCGGCUUAUGCUAACACCUCACUUCUGUAUUUAGAUAUAGUUAUACUCUACAGAUCAAAUGUACAAGAGACUUAACCUGUAUCAUAUUUGCUUUGGAGAAAACACCAAAAUAUGAAUAUUCAAAAAUUGGUUUAAAACCGGUUGAUUAGAAAUUCUAGUUCUAGAAGAGUUUGUAGUUCUCAGGGGAGAAGACAGAAACUAUGCUGGAGGCACACUGAGUUUAUCAUCAUAGUUUACUUAAGUAGAACAUGCUGAUAUAUCUUAUUUAUUAAGAUAUAGGCUUGAACGUGAAAGUAGAAUACUUCAAUUUAGAGGAUAUGAAUAUGUAAGAGUUAUUGUACUGCUUCUAUUUCAAUCUGUGUCAAAAGAUGAAAACUAGGGAUCAAUAAAUUUAAAUGGUAUAA